UUCGUGACUCGACUCAGACGAUCCUUCUUCUUUGAACUUCUUUCGCGGUUGCAGCAACGCGGGAACGUAGGGUAGCAACGGCAGAGUGCAGAGGCAGUAGAGAAGUUGUUGGUGUUGUUGAAGUCUCCUCAAUGGCUCCUUGGAACCUCGUCCCGAGUGUUCUCUUACCCCUUCUUGUGGCAAUCGUAUUGGCUUACCGUUACAAUGGUCGCAACAAUCCAAUAGCACCACCAAGCGACGGGCGUGGCUACUUUGCGGGUGACUACAUGAUCUCGACACCAGGAUUCUUUCUCGUCCAAGAGCCAACACAUUCAGGAAGCAAGAGCCUGCUUCGAUUUGCAUUAGAUAAGGAUGGAGAGAUAACGUUCACGGACCCAACCUUUCGAUCUGCCAUGGUGGACUAUGCCAUGGAAUUCACAGUUCUAUUUCAUGGAAACAUUCACCCCCAAGCCGACACCAGCAGUAAUAUCAAUACCAUGCCGUUGGGCCCGCUGUGUCGAAUACGAUGGACUUGGAUGAAUGAUGCAGGACCAGAACUCUACGAGCUUGGUUUGUUACCAGAGGGACCGGGCUAUCAUUAUCAUCCUAUAGCCACUAGGAGGCGACUCAAGGCAGACCGUCAGGUGGCGCUGGUGUUUGCCUUUUUGACGACCAACGAUGGCGACCCUUGGAGUGGACCAGAUUUACAGGCAUCGCUAGUUUCCUUUUUUCCGGCGCCAGGUUCUCAAUAGCGCCAGCUAGGAAGUACGGGGUGGUUAGUGUGUGGUUGGGUUAGCAGAUGGCCCGAGUCCAAAUGUUUGCUACCGUACCGGUACCUCAGGUAAAGAUCGAGGGGAUUUCGUGCAUGAAGACGGCGCCCGUCCCUCCGUGCAGGCAUACAUACGUUUCAGUAAACACAAGCAAUCUGCAAUAGGCGUCGCCAAGGCGUCCAAUACAGCCAAGACAGUACAGUACAUUUCAUUACUUUGGCAUGAAACGGAUUCCAAGGUAGAUGCACAAGGUGGUAUUAAAGUACGGGAAUGUAGGUCGUCUCCUCACACGGAAUACUAGCAAAAUUUAUUAAAAGUCAUGGUUAAUAGCU